UGUGUAGCAAGAUGGCGGACGGCGUGUCUUUUCUGCGAGUGUGUACAUUGUUCGUGUUUUGCCAUGUUUGCUGGGGUGAAAGUGCUGUUCAAAUCCUGAAUGAUGCAUCUUUUGAGCACUUGACUCAGGCCUCAACAGGAGCAACAACUGGCGACUGGCUCAUAGUUUUUGAUGUGUUCAUCGAAGAGCUCAUGGAUGAUGCAAAGCAUAUAAUAGAACUGAGGAAAAAUGCAGCAGCCAUGAUCUUCAUUGCUGGAAUCCUGUUUGGUCUGUUGCUGACUCCUGUGCUUAGAUUGUUUGCCGAAUGUCUCGUCAAUUCUUUUAUGCAAGAACCUGACUCAGAACAAAACUAUGAAGAUGAGGGAUUGGGAAAAGAUGAAGUAGACGAAGAUGACGAAGAGGAAGAAAAGAAAGAUAGAUGAAAUAUAAAGAGUGUUGCAGAGCACGAUCGUUAUAGUUAUCAAGACCAGAGUAUAAUCUUUAUCUCAAAACUAUGGUUUGGCAUAUUUGAUGCUUGCAGUUGCCAGUUUGACCAGGACUCCCCAGGGGCUCCUAAGCCCACAACCAGCUAGAACCCAGAUUUACUUAAGUAUAUUUAGAGAAUCUUGGUCGUUCCGGGCCCUGAUUGCUUUUGUACCCCGUUUCAGUACCAGAGCGGUGAUGUUAUGAGUACAGUUGUAAUUUGGAACACUCUGGUGCAGUAUGUGACAGUCGUUGCUUUGAUCAGCUUUUAUGUUACCAGACACAAAGGGAGCUGAUGAGCUUCGUUUUAUGUCCUGUUUAGAACGUGUUUACUGGUGUACGCCGAAUAUUAACUUGACCAUGCGAUUUGAUUACAGCUGUAUACAUGAUGAAACAUACAGUCGAGCAAAGACUGACUCAUGUACCCGGAGGGGUACUUCCGUAAGUUUCGGCUAGGUGUGUACCGCGAAGGGUCUAUUUAACGCACAAACCCGAAAAAAUGACACCCUGUUCAACGGGAGAACAAAACCUAGGAAUGGCGUGAACGGGUCAGCUUUAUUUCGUUUCUGUAACAUUAGAAGUUGAGCAUCAAGCAUAGAAUGUGUUUUUCGUUCAGCUGGGCAUUCACGCGCUGGAAUUUUAGCUGAUACAGUUUAGGUACCCUAUCUAAGGAUCACACUGGGAACACCACGCCAACAGGACAAACACGAUACCCUAACCUAUCCUGCGGCACAUACCUAUAAAGCAAACAUAUGGGAAUAACCCUCCCCCCGGGCCAAAGUACGAGGCUAUCCCGGAGGAUUUAACGUAGGUAAUUCCCCCUAAAAUCAGUCUCGGUCGUUCUUACUGUUAGUAAUCGUCAUAUCAUCACGGCUGUUGGCUGUUUCCAGCUUAAAAAAAGGGCACAGGUUAAGGAUAAUCUUGUGUCCGGUAACACAAUCAUCACGAUGUAAUGACUUACGUUACAUACUUGUGGGAUAUUUGACGAUAGUAGAUAUUUCCUUGACAAUUUUCUAAGAGGAAAAAAAAACACACGAGUGAACGUUUGCGUUUGGAAGCAAAAGCCGUAGACUAGUUUCGACAGGAUUUUUGGAGAAUUCCCAUAUUGCUGCGUAAGAGUGUACCACAUGGUUAGCCAACUCAGUGACUCUUUACACCUCUGAAGUAUUCUGAGAUGCAUUCCUUUUCGACGCGGUCUGUUAGGAAAAACGUUGGUUAAAAUAAAUGCCACUCUUUCUUUGGUAUCGUUGAAUGUUACGCUCGAAAUGAUCUGAAUCCGGAAAUCUUACAGUAACUAUCCUGUGGUCUGUGGUCUGUGGUCUGUGGUUUUCCGAAGAAAACACAAAGCCGGUACUUCCGGUUUGCUGUUGCAUUGUGAAGAGGAAUCAAUCUGACUCUAAAAAUAGUCAGACACCAUCUGCUAUAAAUACCUUUUGCAAACCGCACUAAGAAACUGUCGUUAUUUGUUCCUCGCCUUAUUUCCUUUUUUUACAAGAGGAUCUAUGGAGUAAAUGUAAUAAAUCAC